AUGACGAAACCCACAGUCUCCAACAACAUCAAGCCGACCUCUACCAAAGACAAAGAAGAGGUUCUAAAAGCGGCCCAGUACUAUGUGGAUGGCCUCAAGACCGGUGACGUCGAGCAUAGCCGGCAGGGAUUCCAUGAGAAAGGCGGCAUGUACGGGUGGCUUGGAGACGACUUGAAAACAGUUCCAAUCCAGGCCCUCUUUGAUUUGAUCGUGGAGCGGGGAUGUACGCCAGAGCUGAUUAGCCAUUUGGACAUCAUUGCCAUGACCCCCACCACAGCGAUUGUCGAGGUUGAUUCGGAGCUGGAGAACGAGGGAUUCCGGGACCAUCUGGCCAUGGUCAAGGUUGAUGGGAAGUGGAAGACAGUUGCAAAGCUAUUUCACAUUUACGAUCAGUGA